CUCUUGUGUUGUGAGCCAGCUAUUCAGCUGCUCUUUUAAAUACCGAAAUCUGUUUCAUGCUGAAAAUCUGGAGUUGAUCUUCUUAUUACCAUUCCAGUUUUCCCAGCAGAAGGAAAAUCACUGCUGAUGGCAAGCACAGACCUCAGAGCAUGAGAAGAAACCAGGCGUUGUGGCGAAUACUGCCCUGGGUACAUAGGCUUUGGGUUCCUCAUAACAAUGGAGCCCAAAAUACUUUUGUUUUGUAACUUUCUGAUCCUCUGUAGUCCGGUUUAUGGGCAGUGGUGGUGGCCCCACUUCUGGAGCAGUCAGGAGGCAACAUCAGCCCCUUUGAAUGUUUAUGGAAUAGUGACUGAUAAUGAUGAAAGCAAAGUUUCCAAUUAUGUGACAGGGGCAGGAAGCAAUGAGGCUGACAGUGAGAUUGCACAGACAAUACCUAUAGGCUUUUCUACUGCCCCCUCACUCAGCUUCCAAAACCCAGCUUCUUCAGAGACUGUAGAUGUACCUGGUAAUUCCAGGAAAAAGAAAAGACCUCUAAAAUUAUGGAAGAUAGAAAGGGGAUCAAAAGGUCACAUUGAUCUGACCGCCUUAAUUGGAGUCCCUCUUCCUCCUUCUGUCUCUUUCAUUACUGGAUAUGAAGGGUUUCCAGCUUACAGUUUUGGCCCAAAUGCUAACAUAGGCCGGCUUACCAAAACAUUUAUUCCAGACCCCUUUUAUAAGGACUUUGCCAUCAUCGUCACCAUAAAGCCAACCACUAACCGUGGAGGAGUUCUCUUUGCUAUCACGGAUGCCUUCCAAAAGAUUGUGCACUUAGGCCUGUCUCUGACGCCAGUGGAGGACAAAACGCAGAGGAUUAUAAUGUACUACACUGAGCCCGGUGCGUCCCGGUCCCGUCAGGUGGCCUCUUUCAAGGUCCCUGGAAUGACCAACAAGUGGAGCCGCUUUACACUGACCAUGCAGGAUAAUGAGGUCACUCUGUACAUGGACUGCGAGGAUUAUCACCGUGUCACCUUCCAGAGAACCACUGACCAGCUGCAGUUUGAGUCAAGUUCAGGCAUCUUCGUGGGCAACGCAGGUGGAACCGGAUUAGAGAAGUUUGUUGGCUCAAUCCAGCAGCUGCUUAUUAAACCUGACCCCAGAGCUGCAGAAGAGCAGUGUGAAGAGGAUGACCCUUAUGCCUCUGGAAGCGGCGAUGAUGCUCUUUUGGAUGGAGACACUGUGGAUGAAGUGAAAAAGCAGGUUAACGAGAGAGAAUACAGUCCGCUUCCGCCUGAAGGCUCUCUGGGUAGGCCUGUGCCGGCCCCUCCUACAGAAUCCAGUGAAGACACUGAUAAUUACUCCGGGAACCUGGUAGAAGAGGCUGUGGAGGAGGCCCACACACCAAAUGUUGUGCUAGCAGAAGAGAGGGAAUCUAGCUCGAUUACUGAUCAAUCCAGGGGAGACAGCGAGCUUGGAGUGGAAUCAUACCCCGCUGAAAGACUGGAGAGUGGUUCUUCAAGCUAUAGUCAAAAAGGGGAGCGGGGUGACCCUGGCCCACGUGGGCCCCCUGGUCCUCCUGGGCCCCCAGGGGAGACUAGAACUGCUGAAGGCCAGCCAGGACCCCGGGGGCCACCAGGACUACGAGGGACAGCGGGUCCCCCUGGAAAGGAUGGCCAGCCAGGAAUUCCUGGAAAAGAUGGGACACCAGGUGAAAAGGGACCACAAGGAUUUCCAGGGCUGCCUGGAGAGUCUGGUGCAAAGGGAGAGAAGGGUGAUCCUGGAGUAGGGCUGCCUGGCCCGCCUGGACCGCCUGGCCCUCCCAGUCCUGCACGAUUUCUGAGUGGAGCUGAUGGCUAUGGUUCAGGCUUUGGGGACUUUGACAGUGAUGCAGAAGUUAUCCGAGGUCCCCCAGGACCUCCUGGUCCCCCUGGAAAGCCUGGUCCCCCUGGUCCAAGUGUAUCUUUGGAUGCCUCAGCGGCACUGUUGCCAGGUCCUCCGGGUCUCCCUGGUACCCCAGGCCAAGACGGAAAGGAUGGCCAGAUUGGUAAACCUGGACUGCCCGGUCCACCAGGUCGUGAUGGAGGUGUGGGACCACAAGGAGAAAAAGGUGAAAAGGGCAAUCCAGGCCUGGCUGGGCCACGUGGACCAAAGGGAGAUGCAGCAGAACCUGGGAUGACUGGUCCAACUGGCCUUCCAGGGUCUAACGGAGAGAGAGGCCUUCCAGGUCCCCAGGGCCCCCCUGGGCCUCCUGGGCCCCCAGGGAGGGGCUACAGUUUUGAGGAUAUGGAAGGAUCUGGGAGACUAGGCCCCAUCGGCGAGCCAGGGAUGAGGGGACCUCCAGGCUCUCCUGGACUUCCUGGCUCUCCUGGACCGAAGGGUGCAGCUGGGCUGGAUGGACAACCUGGUGAAAAGGGUGACCCAGGAACCCCAGGAUUAGAUGGCAAACCAGGAUUAGCAGGCCUGCCAGGACCAAGGGGUGAAAAGGGAGAAAAAGGUAGCCAAGGACCAAAGGGAGAGCCAGGGCAGGAUGGAAAGAGUAUAACAGGCCCUCCAGGACCCCCAGGUCCACCAGGGGAUAUUAUAUCCCUCCAGGAACCAUUCAAAAAGCGUGGUAAAAACCCGUACCGCGCGAAAUUAUCUGCGGAAUACCACGGUAUUAAGGCUGUGCCUGACUUGCAUUCUAGAAGCUGGAGUUCGAAUCCUGCUCAUGGUGGUCCUGAAGGCAUGCCUGGCCGAGCAGGAUUUCCUGGACCCAGGGGACCCAAAGGUGACAUAGGCUUUCCGGGCAUUCAGGGUCCUCCAGGAUUAAAGGGUGAGAAAGGUGAGCCAGGGGUGACCAUUGCAGCCGAUGGAUCCCUGAUGUCAGGACUGAGAGGACCACAGGGGCCUAAAGGAGUGAAGGGGGAUCGUGGUUUUCCUGGGCCCAUCGGAGUAAUGGGCCCAGAAGGACGACCUGGUCUAAAAGGGGAAUUUGGGUUUCCUGGCCGGCCCGGCCGUCCAGGAAUGGUGGGGAAGAAGGGGGAGAAGGGAGAGGCGGUGGUGCUGCCGGGCCCCCCUGGACCUCCUGGCCCCCCAGGACCUCCUGGAGCAGUUUUGGGCCUUAAAGGAACAGUUUUUCCGGUGCCUCCCAGACCUCACUGCAAAACACCAAUGAAUGCAAAUCAGGAGGACACUUCAGCUCAAGGAGGAAACAGCAGACGGAGAGGUUCUUCGGGAUUUCAGGGACCUAAAGGGGAUAAGGGAGAAGUUGGCUUCCCUGGGAAACCAGGAAUUGCAGGUCCAUGGUUUCCCAAAGGAUUUGUGGGUGACAAAGGGGACAUUGGGUACAAAGGAGAAAAAGGCGAAAAGGGAGAAGCUGGUAUUCCUGGACCCCCUGGCCUUCCUGGGAGGUCUGGUCUGGUGGGACCCAAGGGAGAGUCUAUUAUUGGGCCCCAGGGGCUUCCUGGAAUGCCAGGCCAGCCGGGACCCCCUGGGUUUGGGAGACCAGGACCUCAGGGUCCCGCGGGGCCUCCAGGGCCUCCUGGGCCUCCUGCUCUAUAUGGCUCUGCUGUUUCUAUCCCUGGCCCACCUGGACCCCCUGGGCUGCCUGGCCCCCCUGGAAUUGGAAACCCAGUGACCACCUAUAGAAGUCUUGAAACACUGUUGAAGGAGACAUACCGUACAGCAGAGGGCACAAUGGCAUACAUUGCUGACAAGAGUGAGGUGUACAUCCGCGUAAGAGAAGGAUGGAGAAAAAUCCAGCUUGGAGAACUGAUUCCAAUCCCAGCUGACAGCCCUUCCUCUCAUGUUUCCUCAGGGUUGGAGCUACAGAGUUUUCUACCAGGUUACAGUUUACUUCCUCACACAAUUCACACAACCCCAGGGCUGCACCUGGUGGCUCUGAAUGCUCCAUUUUCGGGGGACAUGCAUGGGAUCCGAGGAGCUGACUUCCAGUGUUUCCAGCAGGCUCGGGCCAUGGGCCUGAUGGCCACUUACAGAGCCUUCCUCUCCUCCCACCUUCAGGAUCUAGCCACUGUUGUGAAGAAGGCGGACCGCUUCACAAUGCCCAUUGUCAACCUGAGGGGAGACGUACUUUUCAACAACUGGAUGUCUAUAUUUUCUGGUAAUGGGGGCCAGUUUGAUCCACAAAUACCAAUCUACUCUUUUGAUGGGAGGAAUGUAAUGACAGACCCAUCUUGGCCUCAGAAAAUGGUAUGGCAUGGCUCCAGUCCAAUUGGGAUCCGCUUGACAUCCAAUUACUGUGAAGCAUGGCGAGCAGGAGACAUGGCAGUCACAGGCCAGGCAUCCCUGCUGCAUAGUGGCAGACUCCUGGACCAACACACACGCAGCUGUUCUAACAACUUUAUCGUGCUAUGCAUCGAGAACAGUUACGUGCAGAAUCAGAGGCGAAAAUGAGUGCCACGAUGAGCCUGUGAGAAAACAAGGCACAAGGUUUUAUCGGAAGAAAAGUUGACACUGUAUUUUUUUCAUACGUGUAACUUUUGAAAGAUGUAAAUAUAUAUAAGUUGCUUUCUGAUGACAUUGUUCAGCCAACACAUGUUCUGAAACAAUGCCAAAGAACAGAUACCUCAGUAAGCAAUACUUCAGUUGUGUGUAAAAGGAAGAGAAACAGGUCUUAAUUGCAAGUACUGAAACAAGCUAUAGCUCUAAGAAAACUGCAUUAUUUUUUUGUUUGUUUGUCCCUACUGACCUUAUCAAGACAGGCAAA